GUUGCAUCUGUGAACUGAAGGUGAUGAUCACUAAGCACGUGGGGGUGGGGCGUCGCGUCAUCGGCAGGAGCUCUCCCCUGUCGCGUCGCCUCGAGCUUCCUCGCCAUCCGACUCGUUGCGAACAGCAAAUAGGCUGAAUUGUGGCAGCAUCUCGUGACGGAGUGCAAUUGCUCAUAAGGAAGCAAUUGCAGUUCGAUGCGCCCCUCAUUGCAUAUCGUACGACGCACGCAGCAAUUGCGAAGCACCCGCCUGCCCCUCCGAGCUGAAGCAAUUGCGGGGCCAUCUUUUCUGCCCCUCAACACCACAGUCACAUCGCGCCUGCCCCUCGCCACGCAUAGCAGCAGCCCACACACGUGUAGUCAGCACACCACAACACCCUCACUCCGCCGUCACUUCUCUACCACGCCUGCACUCCACACCGCCAUGACCGACACCACCGUCGAAGCCGCCAAGCGCGCGGCCGGGCAGCAGGCCGUUGCCGACCACUUUGACCCCGAGGCGACAUACGUAGGCAUCGGGUCCGGCACAACUAUCGUGUACGUGGUCGAGGCCAUCAAAGAGCGCUCGACCAACCCCGCGAUCCGCUUCGUGCCCACGGGCUACCAAUCGCGCCAGGUCAUCAUCAACGCGGGCCUGACACCCGUCGCCUUCGACAGCCUGCCAGACAGCGUCAUGCUGGACGUCGCCUUCGACGGCGCCGACGAGGUCGAUGCAGAGCUGAACUGCAUCAAGGGCGGCGGCGCCUGCCUCUUCCAGGAGAAGCUCGUCGCCGAGCGCGCGAAGAAAUUUGUCUGCGUUGCCGACUACCGCAAGCGCCAGGACCGCCUUUUGACCAACUGGCCCACCAUCCCCAUCGAGAUUGCGCCCCUCGCCCAGAACAAGGUCGCCGCUGCCCUGCGCCAGCUCGGCUCGACAGACCCCAAGCUGCGCAUCACCCAGCUCGAGAAGUCGGGGCCCCUUAAGACAGAUCAGGACUUCUACAUCAUCGACGCCAAGUUCCCUGCGCUGCUGACGCGCAGCGAUGUUGAGCACGGCAAGGGCAAGGGCGAUGGCUCCGAUGGCACGUGGGAGGUCAACAACAUCGCGCGCGCGAUCAAGGGCCUGACUGGCGUGCUCGAAGUCGGCAUCUUCUCCGGCUUGAACGGGCUGGACGCGCAGGCGCUGCGGGCCAAGGGCGGCGAGGCGGCUGUCGGCGGCGGCCAGGUGCCGGUGGCUGUGUACUUUGGCAUGCAGGACGGCACUGUGGUUGUGCGGACCGCCGACGGCGAGCGAUAGGGCGAUCCCGCGGAUGAGUCGCGCACGCCGAUGCCUGAGUGGCGCAUCACAUAGAUGGGCACGAGAUGUUGUCUGAUCACGUAGCGUUGUCGGGCUGUAGACUUCGGAGUGUGGAAGGCACCACCAUGGUCACGUAUGAACAUUCACAGCAUCAAUAGCACAAAGCGUAA